GUGCAGGAGGCGGCACCGGAAGUGAGGCGCUACAGUUGGAGACGAUGGCGGCUGUGAUGGCUGCUGUUGUUGCGUCUUCUACUUCGUCGUCUUUUGCUGCUCCUGCUGCUGCUGCUGCGUCGCCUUCUCCUCCCGGAGGUCUCCGUGGCGCGCUGGAGGCGGCCCUGGCCGAGCGCGUGGCGGCUGCCCGCGUCCUCGUGGUCGGCGCCGGCGGCAUCGGCUGCGAGCUGCUCAAGAACCUCGUGCUGACGGGGUUUAGGCGCAUACACGUGAUCGACCUGGACACUAUCGAUGUGAGCAACCUGAACCGCCAGUUCCUCUUCCAGAAGAAGCACGUGGGCAAGUCUAAGGCCCAGGUGGCUAGGGAGAGCACGCUGGCGUUCUGUCCCUCUGCAGACAUCACCGCUUUCCAUGAUAGCAUCAUGAGCCCUGACUACAACGUCGACUUCUUCCGAGACUUCUCCGUCGUGAUGAACGCUCUGGACAACCGCGCCGCCAGGAACCACGUGAACCGGAUGUGUCUGGCGGCCGACACCGUCCUGGUGGAGAGCGGCUCAGCCGGGUACCUUGGACAGGUGUCGGUCAUCAAGAAGGGUGUGACUGAGUGCUAUGAGUGCGCUCCGAAGCCAACACAGAAAACGUUCCCCGGCUGCACCAUCCGCAACACUCCAUCAGAGCCCAUCCACUGCAUCGUGUGGGCCAAGUACCUCUUUAAUCAGCUGUUUGGAGAGGAGGACGCAGACCAGGAGGUGUCCCCGGACACCGCCGACCCAGAGGCCAAGUGGAGCCCUGGGGAGGCCGCCCAGCGCAGCAUGGAGGGUGCCGACGCCGCCGCCGGCGGGGGCAUCACACGUGUGUCAACACGCGUGUGGGCACACGGCACCGGCUACUCACCCAGCAAGCUGUUCAACAAGCUGUUCCGUGACGACGUGAGCUACCUGCUGGCUAUGGACAAGCUGUGGCGCAAUCGGCGAGCACCCGUCCCAUUAGACUGGGACAAGACCUGCGCCUCCGGUGACGGCGAGAACCUUCCUGGUGCUGUGAGCGAUAGCGGCCUCCUCAAAGAGCAGCUGUUGCUGGGACCCCCGGCGCUAGCUCAGCUGUUCGCUAGCAGUGUGCAGCGACUCCACAAGCAGCUGGUAGACAAGGGGAGUCAGCUGGUCUGGGACAAGGACGAUGCGGCCUCCAUGGACUUUGUGACUGCAGCUGCGAACCUGCGCAUGGCCGUGUUCGGUCUGACUCCAACGAGCAGCUUCAACGUCAAGGGUGAGGCACCUGGUGACGGUGGUGGUGGUGAUGGUGCCGGCUGA